AUGUCCAUUCUUCAUUAUACAGCAUUGAAAAAUAGUAAAGAAACAGCCACAAUUCUUAUUUCACAUGGUGCAGAUAUCAAUAAAAAAGAUAAAUGUGGAGAUACUGCUCUUCAUUAUGCAGCAAUUCAUAAUAAAUAUGAAAUUGCAGAACUUCUUAUUUCACAUGGUGCAAAUAUCAAUGAAAAAGAUAAAGAUGGAGAUACUGCUCUUCAUUAUGCCGCAUGGUUUAAUCGUAAAGAAAUUGCAGAACUUCUUAUUUCACAUGGUGCAAAUAUCAAUGAAAAAGAUAAUGCAGGGAAAACUGCUCUUUAUUAUGCCGCAUGUGAAUAUAGUGGAGAAACAGCCGAAAUUCUUAUUUCACAUGGUGCAAAUUACAAUUAA